GCGAUGAUCGCCGACGCAAAGAACAAGACAGCGCUCAUGCCGUGGGUACUUAUGCACGGGGUUUUUUGCAUGCUUAGCCUGGCUGCGACCUUCUCCUUGUGGAUCUCAGUUGCGGGGCACGAGGCUGGGACGACUUGCACCAAGUUGCAGGAAUUGAGCCCGACUUUCUGCGCAGAGCAGUCUUUGGGAUGGAUAAGUCCGGCUCCUGACGGGUUUUCGGCCUCGGAAUGCUGCCAUCAGCUCCUGUCGUCGACGAUGACUACAACCGUCACUCAGACGACUACUCGCACGCUUCCAUCCAAACGAGCUUUGCCAUGCUUGUGCAAUGCUUCCGUCGCAGAGCUGCUCUGCGAAACAGGCACUGGCCAGGUGUGCUCCUUGCUAGAUACCGAAGAAAGGACAGAAGCCUGUUUUGCUGCUGGGACACUCUGCACCCCUGCCACAUCGUGUCGGACCCGGGCAAGCCUUUCUGCAGAUUGCAGUCGAUUUCUCGAGGAGUCAGAUUGCUCUCGCCAGGCAGCCUGCAUUUGGGAAGAUGCCGAAGUCACCUAUGCCUAUCAAUGCUGGCCGACCGAAAGUCGGGACGCCAUCUCGGUGGGCUUGUGCGCUGGAUACUUGUCAAAGUCGUCAUGUAACGAGCAGAUCAUUUGCAAGUGGCAGCUUCUACCCCUUGGUGAAGAGCGAUGUAGCAAUGGGGGAACUUGGCGUGGCUGUACCAGCAGUAUACCAUCCCUCGACCACCUCUGCAGUGAGUUCAAGACAUCACCUGAUUGUGCAACAGACCGUUUCUGGGUCUUUUUGUUGCGGGAUCCUUCUAGGAUAUCACAACUGCGGUUUUCUACUCUAGUUGUCUGUAAAAGUGUAUCUGUUUGA